UUAGUUACAAAGCAACAAGGCACACACUGUACAAGAGAGAGGGGAGUUCCGGAACCCCAAAAAAGCAAAGUCAAAGGGGGAGGGUAGUAGCUUUUUGAAGGGACGUCAACCUUAUCUUUAAUUAAAUAUAAUAUUAUUUAAUUAAUCAUAAUGGUGGAUUUCUGUGAUUAUUUUUGGGGGGAGAGGAACGGUGGCUUUGACGUGUUGUAUCAUAACAUGAAGUAUGGACUCGUUGCAAGCAAAGAAUUGGCGGAAUUCCUCAGAGAAAGAUCUUCUCUGGAGGAAACAUACAGCAAACAGUUAGGCAAAUUAGCCAAACAGUGUGGCUCGUCAACUAGCAUUGCAGCUGCCAAUAGUGCUACCAGUAAUACAAAUGGUGCUCCAAAUGUGGGCCCCCUAUGUACAUUCACGCCUCUGUGGCAAUUACUUAAGACAUCAUGUGAGAAAGUGGCCCAGCUCCAGUUACAGAUGGCUCAAAAGCUGAAUGAAAUGGUCAAAGAUGUUGGCAAAUACAGUGAUGAACUAGCCAGAAAACACAAAGUUGUCAAGGAAUCAGAAAGCAACACAGUCGAAGCAAUCCAGGUUUUGAAUCAAACCAAUGUGGCCUUACAGCGAUCCAAAGAGGCAUAUUUCCAACGAGGAGGUGAAUUGGCCAAAUUACGCAAAGAGGGAUCUACAUCGAACAAGGAUUUGGAACGAGCUGACGCCAAGUUUCGCAAAGCGGCCGAAGAAUACCGGCACUUAGUUGAUAAAUACGCACAAAUGCGGGAGGAUUUCGAAAGAAAAAUGACCGUUUCUUGCAGGCAUUUUCAAGAAGUGGAAGAAGGUCAUCUAAGUCAAAUGCGAAAUUUCCUCAACAGCUAUGUUAACGUCUUGUGUAACAACUACGAAGCGAUGGGCCAGGUUCAUGUCGAUCUUCGACAGCAGUGGGAUGACCUGAGUGUCGAUCGACUCAUGGACAUGUUUGUCGUAUCCAAAAUGACUGGUAUGGAGAAACCGUUACCUGUAGAGUUUGAAGAAUUCCCCUUGGAUAGUGAUCAACAACUCGGAGCGAAUACUCCGAAUCAGCUUCCUGAUUACUUGGAAGAGUGGACAGCUCCAACAUCAACGACGGGCAAGGUUCGAGAAGAUGGUGAGUCCAGGAAGAAGGCGUACAAGAAAUCCAUCAGCACCAAGGAGGAGAAGAAGGAGAAACGAAGCAAACGUGACAGCGAAGACGGUCGAGUCGCCGGCAAACAGGGUUCCCGCCGGGCUACUUCUCUUUUGAACUUAUUCACAUCCUCCUCCUCUUCCUCCCCAAAUGCCCAGGGCAAGGGCAAGGUGAAGGCAGGCAAGGGCCGUCCGCUCAAGGGAGGAGGCGAUCCGGCAGAGGAACCGAUGAGUCCUGUGGACGUGGUGAGCGUCGCCAGCGGGCGGGGUUUGGGCGGCUCGGCUCCUGCCACGCCUACUGAGGCCGAGACGGCCACCAACUCGUCAGCCACCGGAUCCUGGAGCAGGAACUCUUUGCGGGGCUCAAAAUACGAAUCGCCUCCUCGCUCUUCCACAUCGUCCUCCGCCCAAACUUCCAUCUCCGGAUUGGGGAUCGCUUCUUGGACUGCAGGGUUUCUCAAAAGCCGCCGCGACCGCAGAAAGGAGAAAGACAAGGACAAGAGUAAAGUGUCGAAGAAGAAACGCGAUUCAGAUGCAUCCAGUAUCAAAAGCGAUGGGGAGCCGAACUUGACUGGAACCGCAGCGGGUGCCGCCGUCAUUAGCGCCGAAGCAAGAAGCAACAUUUCCAGCGGCAGCGGCAACAUCACAGCUGGAGGCGCGGCUGGAAGUGGCGGCAGUGGUCUCGAUACGAACAGUUUCGGUCGUGAAAAAGAGCGGCAAGAAAAAGAUGAGAGCCCGUUGUACUCGGCUGGCGACACCGCCUCCGAUAGCGCCGUUAAAGUAGACGAUGAGGGCUACACCAUACGGCCGCGGGAUGAAGCAUGGAACGCGGAGAAAACGAGCGGUUUCUACUCGAGUUCCGACGCAGAUUCGGAUGACGAGCCAGAGCGAAAAUUGCAUGUUGAAAUCAAACCUAUUACUAAUGGAGCCAAUCUUCCAAGUGCUACUGUUGAUGAGCUAAAGGCGACCAUUGAGGGAUUCAAUAUCAACACAUCCAUGUUUAACACAGCCUCCCGUAAGAACACUUCGAUGGAUUCCCAUUCGACUUCUCAAUUGAGUAUGGGGAAAUCGAGUAGCGAUUUGGUUGGUCUGAAUCUCUUCCACAGUCCUACCAAUUCCAAUACAUCCACUCCGACUGGUACAGUCGCCCCUGGUCAUCUUUACGGAUCCAUGAUGUCACCUACGAGGACAGGAUCGCCCUCAAAUCGGCAUAAUACAGCAACACCUGCAUGCGCUGGUGAAGAUUUAUUUGAUGAAGUGGGGGAAAUCGUUCCAGCCUUGCCUCCUAAACAGGGAAGAUUGCCAGCCCCCAAUUCCCGAGGCAGUACGCCUACUCUCGGCAGCAUCGCCGUUCCCCGGCCACCUUCUCGGAAAGGAAUGGAGGCCACUGCCAGAUUGGCCGCAGCCAGUCCCCUUACACUUCAGUCGUCACCUGCCCCCAGUGCCAACGCAUUUUCAACUAGCAUGCCACGAGCUGAGUCUGUUCUUAGCCUCGACUUCAGAUCUGGCGUGUCAACCUCACCAACAUCAUUGAGCCGGCCGGGAUCAAGAUCUGCCGGACCGUCACCGCUGACCGUCAGCCUGCCUUCAGGGGGAAGCGCGGGCGCUGUCGAUAGUAUCCCACUUGCAGUAGCAUUCCAAGAAGUUGUUCACGCCUUGUUCCGCGGAACAGACGAGGCGAGGUGCCAAGUGCGGAUCAGCGGGGACAUGAUGCUCUCAUUUCCAGCUGGUUUGGUCCAGUUGAUCAAUGCCCAGCCGAACCACAACAUACCGCCCAUAUCAUUCCGUAUUCGCAAUUUCCAGAAUCUGGAGAACGUCGUUCCCAACAAACAAGUGCUCAACAUGGAACAAGAUCUGAUGAGCGUGGAGCCCUUAUUCCAUUUCAACAUGCCACAGUUAACUUUGCUACUUAAGCGGCAAGCCGAACAGAACCCGUCGGCGUCCUACUUCAACGUCGAUAUCCUCAAGUAUCAAGUCAAAGCCCAAAGUGGGACCGGAUCGGCGCCACUGCACUUGGUGGCCUACUGGAAGUGCGAACCUUCACAGACGGACGUGCGGCUGGACUACAAGUUCAACGCCCACGCCCAAGUGUCGCCGGCCCCGCUGCGCAAUCUCAUGAUUUCCGUGCCCAUCGAAGGAGCUGUGACGGCGAUGCAAGCCAAACCGCAAGGAGAAUGGAUGGGCAACAGCAAUCGCGCUUUGUGGAAGCUGCCGGAAAUGUCGGUAGAGACGGAUGGUGCCAACAACAUGGGCUCGAUACGAGCCCGUUUCAACCUGAGCGGCAGUUCAGGUAGUCCAACGACAAUCACUGCUCACUUUGGCUGCGACGGCUCUACUAUGAGUGGCGCCGAAAUGGAGCUGGUCUCGACGGGAUACCGGACAUCCUUGGUCAAAAGACGUUUCGUAGCCGGCAAAUAUCUUUGCGAAGCCGAGGCCUCAGUUCUUCAAAACAAUCGCUACGCGGCUCCACCGGGCCCGACUUCUACCGAAUGUUGAACAAGGAAUUCAUGGAACCUGUUUGAAGCCAGUCACGAAGGUUCAACCAACUCGCAUGUAAUCGAAUCGGAAGGAACCUUUGUUUUUUAGAAACACAUAUUCUCUUGUAUACACACCUAUUCAAAAACAAAACAAAAAAAAAUGUUGAAACAUUCGGUCUUUCCCGAAUCGACGCUCUUCCUCCCUUUUCAUUCAAAUCUUUUUAAACCAACAAAAAAAAAAAUCAUGAUUAAUAAUAAUAAUAAUAAUAAUAAUAAAGUAACGGGUUUAACCAAUUGUUGUCCUGUUCAGCAGCAAUAGCAGAAAAAAACCAACUGAUUUGCAUGUUGAAUAAUUGUUACAUGUAAAGUUGCCUUACCUUGAAAAGGGCAAGACAUCACUUUAUCUUUCUUAUAUUUGCCCUAGUUCUCUUGUUUCUUCUUACAUUUUCUGGGUCAUAAUACGAU